AUGGCUGAUAAGCAGGACUGGCGAAGAGAAGACGAAGAUGAUGGAGAGCAAGAGGUUGACGAGAACACCUUCAAGGCACAAAAAGAUGCCAUCUUGCUCGCUAUAGAUGUGAGCAAGUCCAUGUUAGAACCACCGCCACAUUCCGAUUCCAAGAAAGCAGAUCGCGACAGUCCUGUCCAGGCGGCUUUAAAAUGUGCCUAUCAUCUUAUGGAGCAGCGCAUUAUCUCCAAUCCCAAGGACAUGAUGGGCAUUCUUCUCUUUGGCACUGAAAAGUCCAAAUUUCAGGACUCCGGCGAUGGUAGAAGUGGUCUUGGCUACCCACACUGUUACCUGUUCACUGAUCUUGAUGUUCCCGCGGCGGAAGACGUUAAAGCUCUCAAGGCGCUGGUUGAGGAUGGUGAGGAUGAAGACGAGGUGUUGACACCUUCCGAUGAACCUGUCAGCAUGUCCAACGUGCUAUUUUGCGCAAACCAAAUCUUUACAACAAAGGCUGCGAACUUUGGAAGUCGUCGCUUGUUUAUAGUUACCGACAACGACGAUCCCCACGCCUCUGAGAAGCAGGCCAAGUCAGCCGCGGCGGUUCGAGCCAAGGAUCUUUAUGAUCUCGGGAUCUUGAUAGACUUAUUCCCCAUUACCCGAGGAGGUGGCAAGUUUGACCUAAACAAGUUUUACGAUGAUAUUAUCUAUCGCGACCCCGUUGGAGAGGCGAACAUGUCUGAAGUGCGAACUUCAAAAUCUGGAGAUGGACUGAGCUUGCUCAACUCGCUGAUUUCAAACAUCAACUCAAAGCAAAGUGCAAAGCGAGCUCUCUUCUCAAAUUUACCGUUUGAGAUCGCUCCCGGUCUCCGAAUCUCGGUCAAGGGUUAUAACAUUGUGCACCGUCAGACCCCAGCGCGCACUUGCUACAUUUGGCUGGACGGUGAAAAGCCACAAAUCGCUGCAGGUGAAACCACACGAAUCGCAGAAGAUAGCGCAAGGACUGUUGAAAAAGGAGAGAUAAAGAAGGCGUAUAAGUUUGGAGGCGAGUACGUCUACUUCACACCUGAGGAGCAAAAGUCAUUGAAGGACUUCGGAUCGCCCAUUAUUCGCAUUCUUGGCUUCAAGUCGCGCAACUUGCUUCCUAUAUGGGCCAGCACCAAGAAGUCCACGUUCAUCUUUCCGAGCGAAGAGGAUUAUGUUGGUUCGACCAGAGUGUUUACCGCACUGUGGCAGAAGUUGCUUAAAGACGACAAGGUAGGCAUCGCUUGGUGCAUCACUCGUGCCAAUGCGCAGCCAAUGCUGGCCGCCAUCAUACCGUCCAGAGAACGAGCCGACGACGACUCAGGAACACCAUACCUACCGGCCGGUCUCUGGAUCUACCCUCUGCCUUUCCAGGAUGAUCUUCGCAAUAUCAACCCACCAGAUGAAGUGCUGCGAAGUUCUGGCGAGCUCACAACACACAUGAGAACCAUCGUUCAACAACUUCAACUACCCAAGGCUAUGUACAAUCCUUCUAAAUACCCCAACCCUGCACUGCAGUGGCACUACAGGAUUCUUCAGGCUCUGGCACUGGAGGAAGAAGUGCCUGAGAAGGCAGAUGAUGCAACAGAGCCCAAGUAUAAGGCCAUCAGCAAACGCGCAGGCGGUUAUCUGGAAGAAUGGUCCGAGGGACUGGGAGAUGAGUCGGGCAAAGUUGCAAACAGCAAAUCGACCAAGCGUGAAACGGAUGACGAAGACGCGGAUAGGCCUGUGAAGAAGUCGAGAGGUACAUCAGAGAAACCAUCUGGUUCCUCCUUCAAUAUGGCUGAGCUAAAGACGGCAAUUGAGAGUGGCAGCAUCACCAAAAUGACGGUGGUGCAGCUCAAGGACUUGCUUGCUACCAAGGGAAUGAGCACGGCUGGAAGAAAGAUGGAGUUGAUUGAGCGAGUUGAGCAAUGGGUAGAAGAAAACUCAUAA